GCGCAGAGCUCUGGCUGCCACAGUUGUCAUAUCAACGAAGCGCAAAACUUGAAAUAAAUACAAACAACUUUAAUUUUUGAAAAAUUUUAAGAAAAACUCCUUGGAAAAAUGUUAAAUAAUGAACAAUUUGCUGAUCCUUGUCUAGAAAGACAUUUUACCGGUCACAGUCAAGCCAUAACACAAGUGCGCUUUAAUCCGGAGGGCAAUAAAGUGGCCACUAGUUCUUUGGACUCCUCUGUUAUUUUGUGGGAUUUAAAGCAAGCCGCCAGAUGUAUACGUUUUUCAGCCCAUAAUGAUAGUGUUUAUGGUGUUAGCUGGUCUCCCAAAUCGAAAUUGGUGGCCUCUUGUUCUAAAGAUAAAACUGUGAAAAUAUGGGAACCUAAAUUGAAAGGAGUCUCUGGAGAAUUUCUAGCUCAUGGCAAACCGGUGAGAUCAGUAGAUUUUGAUCCCUCCGGCACAAUGGUGGUGACAGCUUCCGAUGAUAAAACUUUGAAAUUAUGGCGUGUGGCUCAAAAGAAAUUUUUAACCUCCUUUGCCUGUCACACUAAUUGGGUGAGAGCGGCUAAAUUUAGCCCUAAUGGACAAAUGAUUGCUUCCUGUGGUGAUGACAAGUCUUUGCGUAUUUUUGAUGUCAACUCUGGGGAAUGUAUACGUUGUUUUACCGAACAAAAGGGUAUGGGACGACAGGUGGCUUGGCAUCCGGAUAGUACUGUGGUAGCCGUUGCCAUGUCUUGUAAUCGCAUUAAAAUAUUCGAUUUAGUGGCUCAGGAAUUAAUACAAUUGUAUGAAGUACAUGUGGGACCAGUCAACGAUUUGGCUUUUCAUCCAAAUGGCAACUUUUUACUGACUGGCAGUGAUGAUGAAACCAUGAAAAUAUUAGAUCUACUAGAAGGUAGACCUAUUUAUACUCUGACGGGUCACACGGGCAAAGUAACAGCAGUGGCUUUUAGUCAAGAUGGUUCGCAAUUUGCUUCGGCGGGAGAAGAUAGACAGCUUUUAGUUUGGAAAUCCAAUCUUCAUACCUAUGACGUUUCCCUUUAUGAGGCCAAGUUGGCGCGUGAAACUUUAAAUGAAAGUGGCAUUGUGCCACAUGCUCAACAAACAGCUGUCAGCUCCAUGACAACCACUACAAAUGCUAGUGAUCAAUCUAUACUUAUCGAUCCCCGUCAAUCGAUGGCCUAUAAUAAUCGUGAUGAAAAUUUCCAGGUGCUUGAAAGUGAAUAUAUUAAACAUUCGACUACACACAUGACAUCAUCACCCUCCAUCACAACUACUACUAACUGCUCCAGCACUUCGACGUCGUCGUCUUCAUUAUCUAGGAAUUCGGGACAUUUAAGCUCGAAUAGCAGCAGUUCUUUGUUAAAUUUUCCCAAAAGUAAAAGUAGCUUUUUCGAUGAUUACAAUAAUUCACCGAAUACGAAAUUACAGAAUCAAUCGAAUGCUAGUUCGAAAUAUUUUUAAUUUCUUUGAUUUUUUCACUUUUUUUAUAAUUUUAUUUAUUAAUAUUUAUAAUGAAAGGAUCAGCCACCUUUUUGGUAGAUUAAUCUUUUGAAUUGAGUUUUACCUUUCAAAUGCAGGUGGUUAUUUUCUAUUCAAUAUAUAAAUUACUUUUUAUAUUAUAUUUGACUUUCUUGGAUCAUAUUAAAUAAUCUAUGUCCAGUAUUUUAUUAAUAUCUUAUAAUAAAAGAAGUUAUGUGACGUUUUUUUUUUAAUAAAGAAAACUAUUUAGAGUUAUUUUGCCUUAAAUGUGAUGGAACCCUUGAAUCCAAUAAUGACUAAAGUAUAUAAUAAAUUAGUCGACAACGCAGUGAACACGCUU